AAAGUCCUACCGGUCAAUCUGCGUGUUUUUACCUUUUUUACUUUGCCAAAUCGAACAAACUAUUCUAGACCCGGUCUAGUAUAGUUUGACCGGUCGAGUAAUUUACACCAUCAUUUUUGGCGCCACCCGUGGGACCGUUAAGGUUUCUUCUCUUCUAAACACAAACCUACCCACCAAAACACCACUCGAAAUGUCUUCCAGCCAGCAAAUCAACGCUACUUCCGCACAGGUGCAAGCCACCAAUGAGGGCGCCAGCAUCCCUGUGGCUGCUACCAUACCGGUCAUUUCAGCCCCGGUGUUGCCUCUGGGUCUGAGCUCUGUCCCGACGGCCAGCGUGAUCAGUCCCUUCGCGACCCCCGUCCCUUCCGCUGGACCGAGGGUCACGUUCCCACCAAGCAUGACUCAGUUCAUGAAUGACCCAGCCAACCUACAAGCCAUCCAGGGCUUCGGUCAGGUCAUGGCCAUGUGCCAACAGAACGGGGGGAUGCCUUUUCUCCCUGGUAUGUUCCCGUUCGCUCUUCCGGGCGCGGGAACCAUGCCCCUACAAGCUCCGAUGGCGGUAACGUCGUUCCAGACGCCGAUGCCGCAACCAUCACCUUUCCAGCCCCAGCUGGUCAGCACCAUGACCCCUGUAAACUUGACCGGCACACUUAACGCCGCAGGGCCGUCGCGUCCCCCGCAAGCUACGAAUCCGCAGAUCACUCCUGACGGUCAUUGCGUCUCGAUUGAGAGCGAUGAUGGCGAGUGGGACAUCCCGAGGGCCCACAAGAAGAAGAAAGGAAAAAACAUCCGGCCAGCGACCUCCCGAAACACCGCCUUCGAAAGGCUGGGGGAUAGGGAAGAAGGCCAGAGGAAGUCAGCCAAGCAAAGGCUGGGGCAGAGCGUUGCCCAUGUCAGCGCAUUUGCCCGGCUAGGCGAGGUGCGGGAGGCCGAGCCUGCCCGCACCCGGCACUCCCGGUCUAACCGGCAGGAGCCAGCGAGGACGAGGGCCUCCCACCAGGAAGAGGAGGCAGAAAGCCAGCCCAGGUUACCGGUGGCGAACCGGUUAACCAUCCCAAACGACCGCGUCCAGCAGAUGGAGGCAAAGCUGGAAAGGCUGGAAAAGAAGGUCGGAGAGAAGAAUGACCGGGACAAACCCCUGGCAGGGUCCCCGUUCACCGCAAGGGUCCAUCUGACACCUUUCCCGCGAAAGGUCAAGAUCGACGCCCCCAGAUUCACCGGGAAGGAAGAUUCGGAAAUCCAUCUGGACUCCUUCAACCAGAGUGCGACCAUGAACGGUUGCACCGAUGAAGAAAAGUGUCUUCUUUUCUUCCAGACCUUACGGAACCGAGCCACUGAAUGGUUCAAUAAGCUUCGCCCGGGAAACAUUGACUCGUUCAAUGAUUUGGCCUCAAAAUUCAAGGCCAAGUUCCAGGAGAAUUGUACUAAGAGGAAGAAGUUCACCUAUCUUAGUACAGCCGGGCAGAGGGAGUCUGAGAACCUCACUCAGUUCCUUACCCGGUGGAAGGAAGAGGUAGACAAGGUGGAAGAGAUGGAUGACAAGACCGUCCUAUCCCUCCUCUUGAAUGGCUUGCGUGCUGGGGAACUAUACAAGGAGUUCUGCCGGAAACCCCCAGCCACGUACCAAGAGGCCUACCAUACUGCAUGGGAGUUUGCUGAAGCUGAAACCCAGCUCCGGGCAAAGAGAGAAGCUGAGCAUGGUCACAAGCCCAAGCCGGUAUCAGAUUCCCAUAACACCUCCGAAUGCAAGAGUGUUAAGGGGGUCAUCCGGCAGAUGAUCGACAGUGGAGAGCUGGGCAAAGAUUACUUGCAGAAAGCCCAGGAGAAGAGUCAUCAAUGGGUUAGGCCAACUGCCCUAGGGGAUGACCGGGACAACGACCGGCGGAGGAAUAACCGGCCAAGGGAGCGGCAACCUGCUUCCGAAAAAGAGCACAUCGGCAUGAUCUUCGGCGGACCCGAGGGUGGAGAUUCAGCCGCGCAGCGGAAGAACUGGGUCCGGAGCAUUUACGUUGGAGAGAUCACAAUUCCAUUGGUCAUCACCAUGGACAUUAAUGGGGUGGAUGUCGCCCGGGUACUCGUUGACACCGGCAGCAGUGUCAACAUCUUAUACCUGGAGACCUUCCAAAAACUCAGGUUGUGUCGAACACAACUUGAACCCCUCAAAACCCCUCUCUCAGGCUUUACGGGGGACACCGUCGAAGCUGAAGGAUCUAUAGUUCUACCGGUCGAACUAGGAUCAGGUGAAAAGACCGUGUGGAAGAAGAUGCGGUUCAUAGUUGUGGACAUCAAAUGCGUCCACAACGCAAUUCUUGGAAGGCCAGGCAUCAAUAGAGUCGGGGCGGUGAUCUCCAUGCCUCAUCUAUGCAUGAAGUUCCACACUCCAUGUGGUGUGGGUGAGGUGAAGGGCAACCAGAGGAACGCCCGGGAGUGCUAUGCCCGGGCAGUCAAGAAGAUGACCAAGGGGGUCAAUGUCAUCUCCCAAGAAAUCACGAAGGGAGAGACCCGGGAGAAAUUGGAGCCCGAGGCCGAGACAGUGGAAAUCGAACUUCACCCGGGUGAUCCUUCGAGGAUGGUCAGAAUUGGAGCAAAUCUCCCCGAGGAUCUCAAGGAACAGAUUACACGGGUCCUCCAAGAAUACGCGGGCAUAUUCGCAUGGAGCGUGGCAGAUAUGCCCGGGAUAGAUCGCUCUGUUAUCUGCCACCGGUUGGCCGUGAGAAAGGGAAGUCGACCGGUACGACAGAAGAAGCGGUACCUGGCCAGUGACCGGCGAGAGUUCGUCAAGAAGGAAGUGAAAGACCUCCUCAGUGUUGGUCACAUCCGGGAAGUCAAGGAAGGACGCAUGGCACAAUACAAGGACCUUGUACUUGCCCUGUUGAAAGGCUUCGAAGAGUUCAAGAUCGCCCAAAUUCCCCGGGCGGAAAACGCGGAUGCAGACCUUCUCUCCAAAUUGACGCAGUAUGCUCCCGAGCACGUUUCAAAACUUGCCCGGGUAGAGAUCCUUGACCGUGCAAGCAUCGAAAAAUUGGAAGUCGCCGCUAUAACGGCCGGUAACCAAUUUGACCGGUCAAAUUUGGUCGGGGCGGACGACCAUUGGAUGUAUGAUCUGAUGGAAUAUUUGAUGGAUGGGAGCUUGCCAGAACAAGAUGACCGGGCAAGAAAAGUGAAGCUCAGGGCACCCCGAUUCCAGAUUCUCGAUGGAAAGCUGUAUAAAAGGGCGUUUGGGGGGCCACUCCUGAGAUGUCUAACCAACCGGGAGGCUGAGCGAGUCAUAGCGGAGGUCCACGAAGGCGUAUGCGCGGCGCAUCAAAUGUCCCGUACGCUUUCCCAGCGCAUCAUCUUGUUGGGGUAUUACUGGCCAACAAUUGUACAGGAUUGUGAAAGGAGGGCUCACGGGGAAACUCCAUUCUCCCUAACCUAUGGGUGUGAGGCAAGGCUGCCCAUCGAAGCUGAAUUCCCAACGUUUCGGGAAUCAAAUUAUCAACCCCAACAAAAUGAGGAAGAUCACUUGGCCGAACUCAACUUGGUCGAAGAGCGGAGGAUGGCCGCGGAAGUUAGAAUGAGUACAUACCAACAAGUUGUGAAGAAGUACCACGACAACAAGGUUGGGCCUCGGUACUUCCAAGUUGGAGAUGAAGUCCUACGAAGAAGAGAAGCAAGUAGACCCGGCGAUGGAGGAAAGCUGGCAAAAAACUGGGAAGGCCCAUACAGGGUUAGAGCCAUCAUUCGACCAGGAACGUAUCGAUUAGAAACUUUAGAUGGUGUACCGGUAGAAAGAACUUGGAAUUCCCACCAUCUUCGCAAGUUCUACAAAUGAUUGUAAUACUAGGCGAGGCCUAAC